AUGCACGGCCGCCGCAUCCCACCCCCGCCGCUGCCGCCCGCGCUGCACCCCGCCCCCGCCACCACACCGCACCCCGCCCCCGCUGCCGCACCGCGCCCCCGCUACGGCCGCCGCAUCGCGCCCCCGAACCUGCUGCCGCACCCCGCCCCCGCCACAUCCCGGCCCUGCUGCCGCGCUCGCGCCGCUUACCCGCCCCCGCCCCGGAGGCCGUGCCCGACGACGACGCCUCGUCCACGUCCUCGCCUCGGAAGCCGCGCGGGCUCCCGACGCCGGCUCCCCGCCCCAGCAGCGGCGUCCCAGGGGCCCGACUCGUCCCCGACGCCGUCUACCAGCCCCGGCACCGCCUCCGCACCUCGAGCGCCACCAGCGCCGCCUCCCCACCCCUGGAGGCCGCACCCGUGGCCCGGCUCGCGGCUCCCGACGCCGGCUCCCCGCCCCGGCAGCGGCGUCCCCGGGAUUUGUGUUAUUGAUUCGAAAUGCCAGGCGGGGCCAGAUUGGUAUUGGAUGCUCGUGCAGGCGGGUGCCCACAAAAGGAAGCCCAACGGCAUCCUGGGAACCCUAUGCAUGGAGCUCUUCCCUGGGCUGGUGAUGCAUGCCGGGAACCUGGAGCCGGCAUACACGUGGGACCACUACAUCGCCGUCCCAGAUGCAGAAGAUCGGGAAGGGAGGUCCUUCGGCAACAAGGCGAGACGAGUGGUGGGAGAAUUUUGGGUGCGAGCCAGGAUAUGA